AUGCCAUGCGAUCCGAAUGCUCGACAUCUGAACCUGAGUCCUGGUCCCAGCGACUACGAUGCUUUCGAUCCAUACGAAGCCGAUCGGCUCGAAGCUAUGCGGCAACUCUACCCGGACAUGUUCCCUCCAGACAAAGAAGAACAGAAAAACCCAAAUUUUGCUAAAAUUCCCAAACCUAAGUCGGAACAUAUCCGCGCUCAUGCAGCACCUUUGCGUGAGUCUACCAUAAUUGACAUUACUAAAGCAUCCAAAAUUGCUAAGCCACUAGGUCCUGAGCAGCUAGGAGCUGAUUCCACUAAGUUCGAUUGGGUAGAAAAUCCAGAAUAUGGUGCAGACUUACAUACUACCAUACGAUACCAUAUCAUACCAUACCAUGCCAUAACAUAUACCACACAAAUAACAAGCAUCUCACUUUAA